AUGAGUUCUGCAGGUGCACAAGCUGCUGCUCGAAAGGGCAAGUACAACAAGACAAAGAGAGGAGGUUCAAAACGAUUCACUCAAAAUCUACGAGACCAAGACGCUGAAGCUGAAGGCAUUGAAAGGCCCGAAGGAGAAAACACUGAUGAUUCCGAUGACGAUGAUGAUGAAGAACCAACACCACGAUCUAAACCUACCAAAACUUCCAAAACCACUGAUGACGAAGACGACGGCGAUGAAGAAGUUGAUACCAGCGAAAUAAAGGGACGACCACAACAACGUAGCGGUGGUGGUGGUGAUGCAGACGAAGACGAUGAUGAUGCCGAAGAAGGCAAUAAGAAGAAGGGACCAGCGUCAGUUAUAGAUAUAAGUAAUCCGAAUGCACCAAAGAGACAAAAUGUCAAGGUAUCAGAGUUGGGGAAGAGUGGUGCGCCGAGGGAGUUGUCGCGUCGUGAACGAGAACAAAUGGAAAAGGAACGAGCACAAGCUGCCUUCUGGAAGGCACAAAACGAGGGAAGGACUGAACAAGCUCGUUCAGAUCUGGCACGUUUGGCUAUCAUCAAGAAGGAACGCGCGGAGGCUGCUGCUAAGAAGGCUGCUGCUGCUGCCGCACCCCAAGCAAGUGCAAGCAAACAAUCAUCACUACAAGCUGGUAAAGCCGUAAUAAGCAAGUCGUUGAGUGGAACGUCCAUGAAGUAA